UGCUGUAAACAUUCUGUAUUGGGCUUUAAAGUAUGAAUAAAAGUAUGGUGGAUUUUUUUCAUAACAGAUAUAAGUAACUGCUGGCUGGUGAGUAUAGCCAAGAAUAGCACUUAAAAGUUCAAAUUUAACCAUUCAAAAAUCACGCAUUCAGACUUUGUUGGGCUUCUACAGUGAACAGUGACAGAGAAAAGACCCAUCCCAGGACAGCUUCAUGAACUGCCCGCUGGAGGUGAUUCCUCUUCUAUUUUUAGAAGACUGUGUUCCCUUGUACAGGGACAAGUUUGCAUUUUCUACAGUAAAUGCUCUGUUCUGCACUGUAAACUUACAUAGUGUUGCUCAUAGCGCUUUCAAGAAUAAAAACAUCCAUGAGGAAUUGUCAGUGACAUAUUGCAAAGGAGUACUACAACACUGACAUCAGACACCAUGCACAGUUCCAGCCAUGGCCACUGCCCAAGCCUAUCUGAGCGAGUAGUGAGCAUUAAACCAUGACUCCAGUGAACUCUAAGAACUGUAGCAGUCCUAAAAAAUAAUCAAAGCACUGAAACACUUCCUUGAAGAGUACUCAUUGAUCAUCAACUUACAGACGCAGUCCAGGAUGCAGCUAGACAAAUACAAUAAUGUGAUAGGUGAAAAACUCACAGAGAGGUUAGGCUCAAAGAGUUAUAGUAAAAAUGUAUAUUUAUAAAUGACCUGAUUGUAGUUAUGAAAUGAAUACUAACUAGGUUUGAAAAUUAGAGUAAAUUAUGAGGAGCUGCUAAGGUCCCUGUGUGUGUCCUCAGCGCAGAGGAGCUGCGGGGAGGCCUAACGGUGGCUGCAGCUCCUCACAGGGAGCGGAGGGGCAGCGCUGAGCUCUGCUCUGUGUGACAGCGACAGGGCCCGAGGGAACGGCACGGAGCUGCGUCAGGGGAGGGGCGGGUGGGGGUUAGGGACAGGUUCUGCACCGGAGGGCGGUGAGCGUGGAACGAGCUGCCCAGGGCAGUGGGCACGGCCUGAGUGCCGGAGUUCAGGGAGCGUUUGGAUACUACUCUCAGGCAUAGGGUUUCACGUUUUAGCGGCCCUGCGUGCAGCUAGGACUUGGGCUCAAUGACCCUUCAAGGUCCCAACCCCCCUUCGCCGCUCCCGGGGCUGCCCCUUCCCCGCGGCGGAGGCGGUGCGAGGCGGCGGCGGCGCUCGCUGCUUUACGGCAGGUCUGUCGCAAUGUACGGAGCGUCGCCGUUGGGAGCGGAGGGAAGUUUGAAGCGAGGCGGCGUGAUGGCGGGGCAGGGUGGCGAGCCCGUGGAGCUCAGUCUCGUGGAUAAGGGCGUGAGGAGUUUGCUGGAGGUCUCGUUGAGCUCGGACCUGCACACACUCAAUAUGCACUGCAACCGCAUCGCCAGAAUCGAAGGGCUUGGCCACCUCCGGAACUUGCAGCAUUUGGACCUGUCGUCCAACCAAAUCCGCCGCAUGGAGGGGCUGAGUGCCCUGGAGAGCCUGCGCAGCCUGAACUUGUCCUGCAACCUGAUAACGGCAGUGGAGGGACUGGAAAAGCUCUUUAAUUUAACUACGCUGAAUUUGUCAUAUAAUCGUAUACACAAUCUCUCUGGUAAGUGACUUUGGCAUGGGUAGAGCAAUAAAAAGCAUUUGCCUCACUUCAAUUAAGAAAAAAAAAUCAGAUGUGUUUUCAGAGGUUUCUAUCAGUUUGGUCAAUUGAGCAAUGCUGCUAAAGGUGGUGGCUGCUGUUGCUCUGAGCUGUUAAUUUUUUUCAUCAUGAUUUCUUCUGAGCUGGAAUUCAUUCUUCUGAAUUUGGCACUGCUGAGCUUUGCCUCUAUGAGCUUGACCAUGUAACUAAUGGUCGGGAGUUGCUGGUGUUUAGCUUUAUGGAAAUGGGAGUGAAUGUUCAGCAACACCAGACACAAGCAAACAGCGAGUUCGCAUAACUGUAGCUGCCUAGAGAUCCUGAUCUGGGUUGGUAAAGUGCUGGAACAGGCUGCCCAGAGAGGUUGUGGAUGCUUUGUCCCUGGAGGUGUUCAAGGCCAGGUUGGA